GUCCCAGUCGGUGGUUUGGUCAUCGCUGACCCGACAAAAGGGUUUUGUGCGCUGCCCGACACCGGCGCUGCUCUUCCAAUAUCUGAAAAUAAAUCCUUUCCUCGACCUGCUUCUUGAUAGUAGCUGCUUCCGCUCGCUUUUCUCCAGGUCUUUUUUCAAUUGUUUCUGUUGGUCACAUUUCUGUCGUAAUCGCAAUCAUGUCCCGGGCAUUCACCGUCCGAGUACCCUGCUCGUCCGCAAACAUAGGCCCCGGCUUCGACGUCGUCGGCCUCGCGCUCUCCAUCUUUCUCGAACUCAAGGUCCGCAUCGAUCCCUCGGCCUCGGGCGUCGAGCAAAAUUGCAAGAUCGUCAACGUGGGAGAAGGCGCCGCAGACCUGCCUACCCUCGCCGACGAGAACCUCAUCACCCGAACGGCGCUCUACGUGCUGAAAUGCCACGACAUCAGCAGCUUCCCCGCGACAACGUUCGUCACCAUCACGAAUCCUAUCCCCCUCGGCCGCGGCCUGGGCUCUUCCGGCGCCGCAGUAGUUGCUGGCGUUAUGCUCGGUAACGCAGUUGGACAGCUCGGACUGUCAAAGGACCGGAUGAUGGACUACUGUCUCAUGAUUGAGCGCCACCCCGACAACGUUACCGCGGCCAUGAUGGGCGGUUUCGUGGGCUCGUAUCUGCGCGAACUCGACCCUGUCGACAUGGAGCGCAAGGAAAUCCCGCUUUCCGAAGUUCUCCCCGAGCCUGCCGGCGGGAUCGACACGGGCCUGCAGCCGCCCAAACCACCAUAUGGAAUCGGCCACCACAUCAAGUUUGGCUGGGCAAAGGAAGUUAAGGCGAUUGCAAUCAUCCCCAACUACGAGCUCUCGACGGCCUCGUCCCGGUCCGUGUUGCCAAAGACAUACGGUGCAAAGGACCUCAUCUUCAACCUCCAGCGAUUAGCCGUCCUCACCACCGCCCUCACCCGCUCCCCUCCCGACGCAGAGCUCAUCUACCAGGCCAUGCAAGACAAGGUCCACCAGCCAUACCGGAAAACCCUCAUCCCGGGCCUUACCGAGAUCCUCGCCUCCGUCACGCCAAAGUCCCACCCCGGUCUGUUAGGAAUCUGUCUCUCGGGCGCGGGCCCCACUAUUCUCGCGCUCGCGACUCAUAACUUUGACGCGAUCGCGGAGGAAAUCGUCGGGCGCUUCAAGAAGGAGGGCGUCGAGUGCGCAUGGAAGGUGUUGGAGCCGGCGUAUGAUGGCGCGGAAUAUAUAGAGGAGUAGCUGUAUCAUAGCAAAAGUUUUGUCAGUCGGUAGAUUUUCUCAUAGACUUGUCUAUACAAUUAGUAUCGAAUAUAUAACGUACACAAUGAACGAUUUAUUUUUAUAGACUAAAUAGA